AUCACGUUGAAUGGUUUCGUCUUCAAUCGGGGACAACCAUUCAAAACCAACAUAGGGAAAGAAAGUCUUUCCAUCUUUACACAAGUUCCUCCACUCGUCUUAACAUCGGCUCUCCACCGUGCAGCCUGCAGAUUAAAAAGAUUAACAUGGCCCCGAUCUCCAUCAAAACUGUGCUGAUCAGUGAAAGUGUUGAUCCUCGUUGCAGGGCGAUUCUAGAGGAAAAUGGCAUCCGAGUCACCGAAAAGCAGAACAUGAAAAAGGAGGAAUUAAUCUCUGAAAUCAAGAACUAUGAUGGACUUGUUGUUAGAUCUGCAACCAAGGUAACAGCUGAUUUUAUAAAUGCUGCUGAUAAUCUAAAAAUUAUUGGGAGAGCUGGGACCGGUGUGGACAAUGUGGAUGUUGAUGCUGCCACCAAGAAGGGCAUUAUAGUGAUGAACACACCAAGUGGAAACACAAUCAGUGCUGCUGAGCUGACAUGUGCCCUGCUGAUGAGCCUCUCAAGAAAUGUGCCUCAAGCCACAAUGUCAAUGAAACAAGGGAACUGGGAUCGUAAAAAGUUCAUGGGUGCAGAGCUAUAUGGCAAAGUACUCGGCAUAGUUGGACUUGGAAGGAUAGGAAAAGAAGUUGCCACACGAAUGCAAGCAUUUGGCAUGAGGACAAUUGGUUAUGAUCCAAUCACUCCACCUGAGGUGUCAGCCAGCUGGGGGGUGGAGCAGAUGUCAUUGGAGCAGCUUUGGCCCCAAUGUGACUACAUUACUGUACACACUCCCCUUAUGCCCUCCACUGUUGGUCUGCUCUGUGAUGAAACAUUUGCCAAAUGCAAGAGAGGAGUGAAGGUUGUCAACUGUGCAAGAGGGGGCAUCAUUGAUGAAGCUGCUCUCCUCAGAGCGUUGGAGUCUGGACAGUGUGGAGGAGCGGGACUUGAUGUCUUUAUUGAGGAACCACCUAGGAACCGUUCUUUGGUGGACCAUCCAAAUGUCAUUAGCUGUCCACACCUGGGAGCCAGCACGAAGGAGGCUCAAGCUCGCUGUGGGGAGGACAUCGCCCUGCAGAUUGUGGACAUGGUGAAGGGCAAGAACCUGGUUGGAGCAGUGAAUGCACAGGUUUUGGCCAGCACAUUCUCUCAGGAGUCUCACCAGCUGAUCGCGCUCGGAAAAGCUGUUGGAGCUGUGCUUCAGUCUUGCAGUACUUCCAAGAAACCUUUCAGCCGUGUCCAAAUCACCACUCAAGGGGACUGCAUGAAGUCCUGCACCGGUUACAUGACAUCAGCGGUACUAGUUGGGCUGCUCAGUCAUGAAUCUGGAUGCUGCCCGAACCUCAUCAAUAUACUGAGCAUUGCCAAGGAGACUGGAAUCAUGGUGAAUCAAAUCCACUCUGCAUCUGACGAGGUAGCUGAAGGAGUGUGUAAGGUGGAAAUUGUAGCCAAUGGCUGCAGCUUUAAAGCCAGCGGUUCAGUUCAAGGUGGUGUUCCUGUCCUGCUGGAGCUCAGUGAUAGUGUGUUCAGACAGCCUGUCUCUCUCACUGGAAAUCUGCUGUUCUUCAAGGCCUCUCCCAGCCCACAGCUGCUGUCCUCGGUGGCUGGACUUUUGGCCUCAGAGGGAGUAGAGAUUGAGUCUUUCAGUGCUCCUGUGGACCGCGCUGGGGAUCUGUGGUAUUGUGUGGGGGUGUCAUCUCUCAUACGAGAUCUCAAUGCUUUGAAGCCUUUGGUUAAAGAAGCUGCACAAGUCAGCAUUUAAAUUACAGUAGUAACACUCACACUGUUUCAGAAUAACUUUAGUAUAUGAAGAGCUUAGCAUUUUCACGAAGGUUUAAUAUGAAUGAUCUGUCUUGAUCUUUGUGUUUACAUCUAACAACUUUUUUAGAAGUUGCACACUUUGCAAACAAGAGUUUAAAACUUUUAUUUUCGUAACAUUUCUGUAGUCAGAUGUUUAAAAAGCUUGAAUAAAAUGUUUGUCAUGU